UAUGUUGACGUCGAGCUUACUUUAACUCUGAAGAAUUUGCACCACCGGGGCCUCGAUUACAACUUUGAAUCUCCUUUUGUGCCUCCUAGGGAUAGUCUAAGUUAUGAAUAUUGUAGUAUUCUGGUACCCAUGGCAUACUAUGUUAUAAAAUCUUCGAAACCUGAAUCCAACAACGGGACUAUCCAUUGCACAGGUAUGACAGUAGACAGACUUCGCGUCGACGGAGCACGUGGCUUGGAGAAGAUUGGUUACAACAAGCCGCGAAGUAUUCGCCCUUACAAAGAUAUUUCCUUGGAAUUUUUGAUCAGGACUUCAAGUAGAAGUACUAUCUCACAAACAAUUAGUUGUGUUUUCCCUAGGCUGACAGUUUCCGAAUCCAACAAUCUAUAG